AUGAAUCGAUUUACUGAAUUUCAAGCUGAAAACAAGAAUCUUAAGCCGAUUGCUGGCUACUGGGCCUACCGACUGGUUUCUCUCGAAGAAGCAUUGAAGCCUUUCUUAUCAGAAGUCAAUCAACUACAACGUUCUAUCAAAGAAGCCAAAAAACACUGCACCCAGCCAUCCGAACAUUAUCUCACGCGAGAUGAAUCGGCUGCGUUGUUUUUGUAUACGAUGGAAGCCGAUGAUUUUAGUUUCUAUCGAAUAUUGAAUCAGAUAUUGAGAACAGAAGAUCGAAAUGAGGCUAAGCCUUGGUUCGCAUAUCUCAAAUUAUUCGAUACAGCCAUCAACAAGUUGCCCACGGUCAAAGGAAACGUUUGGCGUGCGGUACGCGGAAACGUGACAAAAGGUUAUAAGGAAAAUGACGUAUUAACUUGGUGGAGUGUUAGCUCUUGUUCGACAUCGGUUGAUGUCCUCAAAGGAUUUAUCAAACAGAAUGAAGAGUCGACGCUCUUUAUGAUUGAAGCUAUCAAUGGAAAAGAUGUUACCGGUUACACUCUGUUUCCUAAUGAGAAAGAGAUUAUAUUGACCUUUGGGACUCGAUUGCGUGUCAAAAGCAUCGGAUUUCAGCAUGGAAAGCUUUAUUUGGUACAUUUAGCAGAAGUCGAUGAUGAUACAGAUGAUCACUCCGAAGAAUCACAUGUCUCGAAACAAACUCAACCUAGCGCUGCCGCUGCUGUACCCAAAGUCAAAGUACAGCCACUACGACCGAAAUCAGGUAAUGAUGUUGCAUUGAAUACUGAAACAGAACUCGAAGUUCAUUAUCGUACAGGUAUUGUGGAACCAGGCCCAGGCUAUCAGAUUACGAAACAGGCUAGCGACCUAUCGCGACUACCUGAUUUUGGCUCAUUAGCGAUGUCAAAAGCAGUAUUAGCUAGUCUAAAAAAAUACCAUUGUGGACAAGAUCUCAUACGUCUCGCCUCGAUUCUAAGUGAUUUGAAUACUACAGCUAUAUUGAAAGAUUUACCGCACGACAUGAAGAGUCCUGACGGAGAUUUUAUGACAUUGCUGAAUGUCAUGAAUAACAUUUUGUUAGUCAAACGCUCUGUACCGCCAAAUCAGUUUAACUUGGAACACGUUUGUCAAGCGAAAGGCUUGACCCCCAAUAUUUACCAUAUUGUUAGGCAAGCUAUAAAACGUUAUACUAAUUUGGAAACGUCAUUCAAUCUAUCAGUGGAUUUUCGGGAUCGAGCACAAGUCGCAUCUAACAAUUGGGAACAGAUCGCAAAAUCGUUAUUAGUUGGUUAUUCUAAUAAUAUCUUCGUUUCAUUGCGAGAAUUCAAAGGGCCAACUCAUCACUUUGUCCGAUAUGAUUCAAACAAUGAUGAAAUUGCUGUGUUAGAUUUGCAAUCGACUCUCGCACGUCCAAUAAGUCAGUCACCUGUAGGUCUCGUUUUGGCAAGAGAUAUUCGUUAUUCAACAUCUGUUCCUUCGAGAGCUGUUCUUUCGUUCGUCGGCGAGAUUAAACCUGAAUGGAUAGAAUGGGUACCGACAACAACAAAUGCUCAAAAGUCAUUUUGA